GCAUUGAGAUCAAUGGCGUCUCGUUUCAAUUCUACGAUUCAAAUCCUUAUGCAACGGGCGCAAAUUCCACUGAUCAAAAAACACUUAAAAUACGGAUUUGUGGCCUCCCUUUGUCAGUAGCAGACUCUGCCGUUCAUGAAAUGCUUGACAAACUUGGUGUCAAACCCACUAGCAAAAUUUUAUACGAAAAAAUUCGUCAUCCAGAAACCAAUAGAAUGACAAGCAUCCUUAACGGUACAAGGUUCCUUUACAUUGAACCACUGUCCGACGAUAGAGUAUUACCAAGACUCCACACUUGUGCAGGUCUACAAUGCAAGAUUUUUCAUUUUGGUCAGCCAAAAAAAGCUUCAAACCCCAUAUGCACAAACUGCUGGAAAACCGGACACAAUCGAACACGAUGUACUUCUGAUGCGGCGUGUAAAGUUUGCAAACAAACGGGACAUCUUCCCGGGCAAAAGGACUGUCCAUAUUUCGAACAACAGAAACAUCUUACACCUUUUUGUGGAUCAGAGGAUGUGUUAUCAAAUUUUUAUCCAUGUGAAUUGGAUAUAUGUGGAGUCAAUCAUAAAUCUGCGGAGCACGCAUUUCAAUAUAUAAAAGCUGUGCGUUGUGGAGACCUUGAGGCGGCUAACACCAUUAAGGAGGCUGACACCGCUCUCUCGGCACUUCGGUUCGGAAAGAAGGUCAAGGUGAACCAACAAUGGGAAUCUACAAAAGCAGAAGUCAUGCAGGACAUCCUUGAAAACAAAUGUGUUCAGGUUCCUAUGUUUCAGGAGAAGCUGCGUACCUCGAAACAAUCCACCAUUUUUGUGGAAGCAACAUUCAAUGACGAAUGGGGAUCAGGACUCGAUCGCCAAGGUACCCUGAACACAAAACCCGAACACUGGCCUGGGUCUAACAAACUCGGUCUACUUCUGAAAAAGAUCGCGAAAAAGGUCAGGAAAAGAAAACUUAGUGAUAGCGUUAACCGCAAACAGAGAAACUCGAAUCGGGACCAAUCAAGGCAGCUCAACAUCGUCCAGAUGUUAAAGCAACUGAGAACAGCUUCAGACAGUGACGUUUCCGGCUGCAACCCAGACUCUGAUAGCAGUUCCGAUGAAGGGAAAUAAU